CAAAAAAAAAGCAAACGCUGGAUAAAACAGACCAGUUGGUUUUGCAGGCGAUGGAGAUCGACGAGGAGGAAGAGGAUUCAAACCCCGUCCCCCUCUCUCCGGCAGCGGCAGGGCGCGAGAUCCCAGGAAGGAAUGGCUUGGCGAGUGAAAGUAGUUUCACUUCAGAAGUUUGCGGUGGUUCUGACCACCUGUGCCCUCGUCCUGUUUCUGGCGUACUGUCUAUCCAAAAUGGCCGCGACAGAGUGGUCAAAGGAAGAGUCACAGGUGGGCACCAGCUUCAUCCUUCCCAAGGCACCCAGCAGAAGACCAGCCAGCGUCGACCGGCGCUGCCAACCCGGGUACUACUCCAAGGUGGAGCUAGGGCCUGUUGUGGGGCGGCGCCAGGAGGACCUGGGAAUGCCGGGUGCCCAGGGAGAUGGUCUGGUGCUGGACGGCCUCAGCUUCAAGGAGGCGACCGAACGGUCCAUUGGUUUCCAGAAGCACGGCUUCAACGUCUUUGUCAGCGACAGGAUCUCGAUACACCGCGGACUGGGACCUGACCCCAGACCUCCAGAGUGUAUCAGUCAAAGGUUCAAGCGUUGCCCUCCCCUGCCGCCCACUAGUGUCAUCAUUGCCUUCCAUAAUGAGGCCUGGACUACAUUGCUGCGGACUGUGCACAGCGUUCUCUACACAGUCCCCGCCCUGGUUCUGAGGGAAGUGAUUCUUGUGGAUGAUGCCAGCACUGAAGUCUACCUGAAGGAACAGCUAGACAGUUACAUCAAGGAUCUCCCGAGGGUUAAGGUGGUCAGACAGCUGAAGAGGAAAGGAUUAGUAUCUGCCAGAUUGCUGGGGAGCUCCGUAGCGACAGGAGAGGUCCUGGCCUUCCUCGACUCGCACUGCGAAUGUUUCGACGGCUGGCUGGAGCCCUUGCUGGCCCGAAUUGUGAAGCUGCAGCAGGUGGUGGUCAGCCCACAGAUCACCUCCAUCAACCUGCACACGUUUGAGGUGGAGAAACCGUCUCCGGACGAGCGCAACCACUCCCGUGGCACCUUCGACUGGUCACUGUCCUUCAACUGGGAGGAGCUGCCCGCGUACGAGAACGAUGCCAGGAAGGAUGAGAGCUUCCCUUUCAGGACACCAGUAAUCUCUGGCGGACUUUUUGCUGUUUCUAAAGCCUACUUUGAACACAUUGGGACCUAUGAUCCCCAAUUGGAGAUAUGGGGUGGAGAAAACUUGGAGCUGUCUUUCCGGGUCUGGCAGUGUGGUGGGAAACUUGAGAUCGUACCCUGCUCUGUCGUGGGGCACGUGUUUCGCAGCGACACUCCGUACACCUUCCCAGAUGGAGUGCAGGUCGUGUAUCGCAACCUGGUGCGAGUGGCUGAGGUAUGGAUGGAUGAGUACAAGAACAUCUUUUAUCAUCGGAUCCAGGAAGCAGCAGACAUUGCGCAGAAGGGUUUGUUUGGUGACGUAUCUGAGAGGAAACGGAUCAGAGAGAGGCUGCGUUGCAAGGAUUUCACCUGGUACCUCAACAACAUCUACCCUGAGCUAUUCAUACCAGCCAUCUACAAGACAACGAACCUAUUACUGAUGAACCGAGGGAACCAACUCUGCUUGACCAUUGGACCAGCGAGAAGGUCCGUAUUCAUGAAUCCCUGCUACAGCCUCCAGGAGCAUCAGUAUUUUGAGUACACAUUCCGCGGUGAGAUCCUCGCUGACUCCUCUCGCCCGCUCUGCCUGCAUGCUGGGAUUACCGUGGUGCUGCUGGUCAAGUGUGCUGCCGACCGACGGGUCGGCCAUGUCCCGUCGGCCCAGAAGUUCCGAAUCAAACCGGGUGGAAUGAUCCUGAGUCCUGCGGUGGGCCUGUGCCUGUCUGUGAGGGGCAACUUUGUGAAGAUGGUGUUGUGUGACCCUAUGGACAGGCGACAGCACUGGACUUUCAUCAGGGAAACAUCUGACUGAAACCUGCCAGCAACCUGUGGCAACAUGUGGCGUUUCAGUUCUGGCGGAGCUUGGUGCUGCCAACUCCACUGUGGGAGAUUAAAACACGGCAGUUUCUGACCGCCCCACCGCUGUUGCUCGCCUCUUCCCAACAUCUCAGCCAACAUCUCAUUGCCUGCUUUCACAUGGCCAAUCGGAAGGCAAACGGGUUCUGACUCAACCGAUUCUGCCAUUCUUCUUGACUGUGAGACUUUCCCCAGUCCAACACUUAAUUUAAAACACAUCGAUUUGGAAAUAGAAAAGGAAACAAAACUAUUUUAAAACCUCUCCCGUUUUUCUUAUGGAAUUUGCCUUCCAGAGGUUCGCCUUUAAUUCCUGCUGAUUCCCAGGUCAGUUUUGCAGGGUGUGUGUCACCCCACUACGUGGCUUUCGAGUUUUGGUCAACUGAGCUAAACCAGGUGCAUACUGUCAGUCAGGCAGCAAUUCUCCACGAUGCACUGAUCACUGAUAUCUCUCUCAAAAAUGUUGUUGCUUUAUGGGACUGGAGGAAUAAAAUGUACCAGCCAGACAAACGUUAUAUUUUAAGAAGGACCGAGUUGUAGUUUGCUGAAUUUUCAUCACUUGUAUGUGGGAUUGUUUACAAGAAAUGUUCAC